GCCCGCGGGGUCGGAGGGUUUGGUGGUCGCCCGUCUGCUCCCUCGGGGUUUGUGUGUCCCCGCGCUCCCUCCCUCUCUCUCUCUCCCCCCUCUCCCCUCCCCGGGUCAGGCCCGGCCAUCAUCACCCCCACCACACACCCCACCACUGUGGCGGCUCACGAUGGCGCCCGGCAGCCAGUGAGAGAGACCGAGACACACACCGAUGUCGGACUCGGAGGAGGAGGCGCAGGACCGGCAGCUCAAAGUGGUCAUUUUAGGGGACGGCGCCUCGGGCAAGACAUCUUUGGCAACGCGUUUUGCACAAGAAGCUUUUGGCAAACAAUACAAACAAACAAUUGGAUUGGAUUUCUUUUUGAAAAGGUUAACACUACCAGGUAAUUUAAAUGUCACAUUGCAAGUCUGGGAUAUAGGUGGGCAAACAAUAGGAGGCAAAAUGUUGGACAAGUACAUCUAUGGAGCUCAGGGUGUCUUACUGGUGUAUGAUAUCACAAAUUACCAGAGUUUUGAAAACCUGGAAGAUUGGUAUGCUGCAGUGAAGAAAGUAAAUGAGGAAUCUAAUCAACACCCUGUGGUCGGAUUAGUUGGAAAUAAAAUUGACCUGGAGCACAUGCGAACUGUGAAGGCGGACAAGCAUCAACGCUUUUGCCAUGAAAACAACAUCAGUAGUUAUUUUGUCUCUGCCAAAACUGGAGACUCUGUCUUUCUCUGUUUCCAAAGAUUUGCUGCUGACAUCCUUGGUAUCAAGCUGAAUAAAGCUGAGAUCGAACAAUCACAGCAAGUAGUGAAGGCAGAUAUUGUGAACUACAGCCAGGAGCCUGUGGCGAGAACUGUGAACCCUCCUAGAAGUUCAAUGUGUGCAGUUCAGUGAUCCCGCCACAUCCCCAUAUUAGUACAUUUGGCAGUCCUGCUUCUUUCACACAGGCCCAUUCUUUCCAAGCAACCUCGUUUUGACAGCAAUCACCUCUACAACACAGUAAAAGGCUUCACAGACUGGCUGCACUACAGUAUGCUGAGAAACACAAGGCAGCCACUGUCGACCGUAGAGACACCAAGAGAUAUUCAACCACACAUUUAAGUAUAAUUUUCAGAAUCCAGAGUCUCAUAAAGAUGCUUGUCACUUUUUUUUUCAAAUGACAGUAUAACUGUAUCGGACCAAUACUUAACUAUUAAAAAUCUAAUCUGUGUAGCCAUGCGUUUUAACGUAUUUUCAGCCUUUAUAGAAAUCUGUAUAUGUUAAUUGAAAGUUCACUUCGAAUACCAAAAUGUAAAUUUUUGUAGAUUUGAAAUCUAAUGACUUUUUAAAACACAUUGUUGAUUUUUUUUUAAAUGCAGGAGACCUGGGCUUUAUAGCAGAUUAAUAUUUGAAUCGUAUUAAAGGAAUGUAGUCCUUUCAUGUUUGGUUUCCUUUCCCAUUUUGUUUUCCUUUUAUUGUUAUGUAAUCCUUUUGAUUGUGUCUGUGUAUGUUCACUGUUUUAAGAGCAGUCUCUGCCAACAGUGCUGUCAUGACUUAGGGAGUAGUUCAGUUAUGAUCCCAAAUAACAAAUACUGUACACUUAUCAAUUUUACAUCUAUUCAGACCUGAAUACAUUUGUACUAAAUAUGUUUUCAGCUAAACUGUCAGUUGUGUAAAGUCACUAAGGUAUUUCAUUGUUUUGUAAGAUUACAAUUCAACACGAAAAUGGAUACUGGUCUUGUUAUUAAUACUAAUUUGCACGAUUCUACAUUCCAAACAGCACUAUCCAUAUUGAUUGUUUUUUAAGCACAGUACAUAUUUUUUCAUAAAAUAAUAAUGAAAAAUAUACUAAGCAUUUUAAAUGAUUUCCUUCAAUAACACUGACACCAAGGAGCUAUCAGGGUGUAUUAAGUGGAACAUAAAUACAAAAUAAAUGCAAAUCUGCAUAGCAUUCAGUUCUGCUGUGACAUUAUAAACUAUUCCUAUUGAUGUACCAGCAGUAGCUAAAUGCAUAUUAUUUGCAAUACAAAUGAAGCCUCAAUUCAUUUUUAAAAAAUGUUUGGAUUUUUAAAAAAUAUAUUUUUGUUUGGUAUUGUGCAUGGAAGUAUUGUUACUGCAAUCUGAUUACAGGCUUCCCAUGCCAAUCCCUUUGCUCAAUGUACUGUAAUUCUUUUUAAGGAUUGCAGAACCCAAGCAGCUUGAAAGUAUUACUAGCCUGAAUGUUGCAACAGAAAAGUAAUUGUUGGAUGUUGUAAAUUUGAUGUGGGUAUUGAAAAAUGCUUUUAUCUGUUAUGUUAAUAUGUUUGUCUGCUUAUAACAAAUAGAAUCAACAGGAUUUACCAAAA